AAAAGAAAUCCAUUAUUUUGUCACUAGAUGGCUGUAGUGAUACAUAUCUCAUAAAAUAUUGAUGACACAAGUUCAGACUUGUGCUUAUUGGAAAAGUGACAUUCUGUACUAAAAAAAAUUCUUUUACAGUUUUUUGAUUGGUCAAUUCAGUUGUGAGUUAUAGGGUGUAAAAGAUGGAAGUUAACAAAGAGAAAAUUAGGUAUGUUUUACAAUUUUGCUUCGAUAAAGGCGAAAAUGCAAGCCAGGCAGCUGAAAUUGUGAAUGGUGUUUAUGGUCCUGAUACUGUCACAGCCAAUUAUGUGCAAUUUUGGUUUCGUCAGUUCCGUUCUGGUAAUUUCGAUGUUAAAGAUGCACCUCGCACAGGUAGGCCCGUUGUCGAAAAUGUCAAUAAAAUCAUGGAAAUGAUAGAAGUAGACUGGCACGUUAGCACUCGUAGCAUUGCCCAGGAGCUAAAGAUUGACCAUAAAACAGUUCUAAACCAUCUGAAUAAAGCUGGAUUCAAAAAGAAGCUUGAUGUUUGGGUGCCACAUGAAUUGACGGAAGAAAACAUUAUGGAUCGAAUUUCCAUCUGCGAAGCCUUGGCCAAA